UUGCACUUGAAAAGUUAAGCAAGAUCAUCUCGUGAAGAUUUUGAUUUCGGAGAUGGCGAAGAGUGUCCUAUUGAUUUGCUUCUUUGGUGUUUUGUUCACUUUCGGAGCUGCUGAUCAUAGUCCUCUGCAAGAUUUCUGUGUCGCUCAAGCUGGCAGUGCAGUGCUUGUGAAUGGCCUGGCCUGCAAGGACCCCAAAACGGUUCAGGCAAAUGACUUCUCCUUCGGUGGACUUCAUCUUCCGGGCAACAUAUCGAACGCGGUUGGCUCAAGGGUUACCCCGGUGUUUGUGGCUCAGCUCCCGGGGCUCAACACUCUCGGCAUCUCCCUGGCCCGAAUUGAUUACGCACCGUGGGGAAUCAACCCGCCCCACACUCACCCGCGUGCCACUGAGAUUUUGGUUGUCUUGGAAGGGACCCUCGAAAUAGGGUUCAUCACCUCCAACCCCGAUAAUCGCCUCAUCUCCAAGGUCUUGCAAAAGGGUGAUGUGUUCGUCUUCCCUCAAGGUCUUGUCCAUUUCCAGAGAAAUACCGGUACCGUAAAUGCUGUCGCUAUUGCGGCUCUCGGUAGCCAAAACCCAGGUGUCAUCACUGUCGCUAAUGCAGUGUUUGGGUCAACUCCGGACAUUGCCAUGGACAUUCUUGCUAAAGCAUUCCAAGUUGAUAAGAGUAUUGUCAGCCAAAUUCAAUCGAAGUUCUAG